AUGGUGCCCAAGAGGAAGCGCGGGCCGAGCGCCGGGGGCCGGUCUGGCGCGGCGGGAGAGGGCACCGAGCCGCCGCUGUCGGAGAGCGCUCAGUACUUGCAGCGAGAAUACAAACUGCUCUCGGAGCUGCUGGACGCCUGCGAGGAGCGCGUCGACCAGGUGCUGCAGGAGAACGCCUUCCUGGACUGCGAGGCGCAGCGCCUGCGCGAGGAGAGCCGGCUCUACGCCAGCUACGUGAGCACGCGCGCGCAGCGCUGCGCCAACGCUAUCGUCCGGCUGGAGGAGCAGAACCGCGUGGACCUGACGCAGAUACACUGGCAGCGCGCAGAGCUGGCGUCGCUCUACCGCCGGCGUGAGGAGGGGGUGUGCGCGCAGCUGCUGGAGAUGCAGACGCGCGCGGCGCAGAUGGCGCGACAGGUGCAGGAGCUGCAGCCCUACAAGGAGCUGCAGCUGGAGCAGCUGGCCCGGAUCCGGGCGCUGGAGCGCGAGCUGCUGCAUAUGCGCGUGGAGCACAUGCAGCUGCUCCACCGCAUGAAGCGGUGUUUCCUGGAGGACAAAGCAGCCUUCGAGCGCGAGGCGCGCCAGCGCGUGCAGUCCCUGGCGCGGCGCGCGGAGCGGGAGGCGGCGCGCGCGCUCAUCGCGCACACACAGGCCAUCAGAGAGGACAACGGGCGCCUGCGGCAGGAGCUGCUGCGGCUGCAACGCCGGGCCCAGGUGCUGCACGACACGCGGCGCCAGUUGCUGGAGCAGCGUGAACAGCUGCGGCGCGAGCACGAGGACAUGCGGGACCUGGCGCGCGUGCACAGCUGGCUGCGCCGAGGCCCCGAGGGCCCGCCGCUUUGGCAACCGCCGCUGGCGGCCUCGCACCCUGAGCCCUUCGCCUCCACCACGAUCCAGUCGCGCGCGACCUCCCGGGCCCCAUCAGUCUCGGCCUCCCGGAACCCGUCUCAGGUCUCGGGGCGCGCGGCCUCUUGGGACCCAUCGUUGCUGUCGAAGCUCGCUGUUCCCUGGGUCCCGUCAUUGGUCCCGUCGCUGGCCCCUUCGAAGGCGGGAUCACGGGUCCCAUGCCAGGACCCAUCGCAUGCGAGCUCCAGGGUCCCGUCCUUGACCCUGUCGCGCCCAGGCUCCCGAGUCCCGUCCCUGACCCCGCCACGUCUGGAUUCCUGGGCCCCUUCGCGGUCCUCCUUGCGUGCCGCCUCACAGAACACCACCGUCUCUGGUAAGUCCGUCCCCGGGGUCGGGCUCUUCCCGCUCCCAGUCGAAGGAGACCGUGAAUGUGACGCUGCAGGCGAAGGCGCCUUGGGGAGAUCCUGA